GCGUGGCUACACGGAUCUGCCCGCGAAGUUCCAAUCAGCGGACUGCGGAGCACGCGGGGUCCGCGUCUUUACAGUUGUUUGAUACCGGAUUUUGAAAGGCAUCCCCACCGAGACAAGAAAUUCUUGCAGAGAGAAACCUGGUUCCACAUGCUGCCAACACUUACCUGGAGUGGCUGAAACAUUGAGAUGAUCAGAGGAGUUUGUCUGACAGACCUAAACAGCCUGCAUCUUGGCCUACCACCGUGUCUUCCUCAAUACAGGCUGAUAUGCCCAGGGUAGUCCUGAAUGGUGUGACAGUGGAUUUUCCUUUCCAGCCCUACCCAUGCCAACAGGAAUAUAUGACCAAGGUGCUAGAAUGUCUCCAGAAGAAAGUGAAUGGCAUCCUGGAGAGCCCCACUGGCACAGGGAAGACACUGUGCCUCCUCUGUUCCACUUUGGCCUGGCGGCAACAUCUCCGAGAUGCAGUUUCUUCCCUAAAGAUUGCUGAGAGAGUUCAAGGGGAACUCUUUGCCAGUCGGACCUUGUCAUCCUGGGGGACUGCUGCUGCUGCCAGCGGAGACUCAAUAGAGUACUACACAGAUAUCCCAAAGAUCAUCUAUGCUUCUAGAACGCACUCACAGCUAACUCAGGUCAUCAGUGAACUUCGGAAUACUUCCUACCGGCCCAAGGUAUGUGUGCUGGGCUCCCGGGAGCAGCUGUGUAUUCAUCCUGAAGUGAAGAAGCAGGAGAGUAAUCACAUGCAGAUCAGUUUGUGCCGCAAGAAGGUAGCAAGUCGCUCUUGUCAUUUCUACAACAAUGUGGAAGGGAAAUGCCUGGAGCAAGAGUUGGCUACCUCCAUCCUGGAUAUUGAGGACCUUGUCAAGAUUGGAAGCAAACACAAAAUGUGCCCAUACUACCUUUCUCGAAACAUGAAGCAGCAAGCCGACAUCAUCUUUAUGCCAUACAAUUACCUGUUGGAUGCUAAGAGUCGUAAGGCGCACAGCAUUGACCUGAAGGGAACAGUUGUGAUCUUUGAUGAAGCUCACAAUGUGGAGAAGAUAUGUGAGGAGUCAGCCUCCUUUGACUUGACUCCCCGUGAUGUGGCUUCAGGCCUGGAGGUUAUCAACCAAGUUUUGGAGGAACAAGCCCAGGUGACUCAGCAGGGUGAACUCCAACAGGAGUUCAUCGUAGAUACGUCCAGCUCAGGACUCAACAUGGAGCUGGAAGACAUCGCAAAGCUAAAGAUGAUCCUGCUUCGCCUGGAGGAGGCUAUUGAUGCUGUUCAGCUGCCUGGGGAUGACAGAGGCGUCACCAAACCUGGAAGCUACAUCUUCGAGCUGUUUGCUGAAGCCCAAAUAACAUUUCAAACCAAAGGCUGCAUUUUGGAAUCACUGGACCAGAUAAUCCAGCACCUGGCAGGACGUACUGGUGUGUUCACCAACACGGCUGGGUUGCAGAAGCUCAUGGACAUUAUCCAGAUUGUGUUCAGCGUGGACCCUCCGGAAGGCAGCCCUGGUUCUCUGGUGGGGCUGGGUAUCUCACAUUCCUAUAAGGUACACAUACGCCCUGAAACCAGCCACCGGAGAGCAGCUCAGCGGUCAAAUGCUUGGAGUACCACUACAUCCAGGAAACAAGGGAAGGUGCUGAGUUAUUGGUGCUUCAGUCCCAGCUACAGUAUGCGUGAACUGGUCUACCAAGGAGUCCGUACCCUUAUCCUCACCAGUGGUACACUGGCUCCACUGUCUUCCUUUGCUCUGGAGAUGCAGAUUCCAUUCCCAGUCUGUCUGGAGAAUCCACACAUCAUUGACAAGAACCAGCUCUGGGUGGGGGUUAUCCCCAGAGGCCCUGAUGGUGUUCAGCUAAGCUCUGCCUAUGACAAAAGGUUUUCUGAAGAGUGCUUAUCUUCCCUGGGGAAGGCUCUGAGCAACGUUGCUCGCGUGGUGCCCCAUGGGCUUCUGGUCUUCUUCCCUUCCUACCCUGUCAUGGAGAAAAGCCUGGAGUUCUGGCAGGUGCAAGGAUUGGCCAAGAAGGUAGAGGCACUAAAGCCUCUGUUCGUGGAACCCAGGAACAAAGGCAGCUUCUCAGAGGUCAUUGAUGCGUACUACCAGCAAGUUGCCUCCCCUGGGUCUAAUGGGGCCACCUUCUUAGCAGUGUGUCGGGGAAAGGCCAGUGAAGGGCUGGACUUCUCAGACAUGAAUGGUCGUGGUGUGAUUGUCACGGGCCUCCCAUAUCCCCCGCGCAUGGAUCCCCGUGUUGUCCUCAAGAUGCAGUUCUUGGAUGAGAUGAAAGGACGGAGUGGGGUUGGAGGCCAGUGCCUCUCUGGGCAGGAAUGGUAUCAGCAACAAGCAUCCAGGGCUGUGAACCAGGCUAUUGGGAGGGUUAUCCGACACCGCCAUGACUAUGGGGCCAUCUUCCUGUGUGACCACAGGUUCGCCUAUGCUGACGCCAGGGCCCAGCUGCCCUCCUGGGUGCGCCCCUACCUUAAGGUGUAUGACAACUUCGGCCAUGUCAUCCGAGAUGUGGCCCAGUUCUUCCGUGUUGCUCAGAAAACUAUGCCUUUGCCAGUUCCUCAGGCUGUGACCUCAAGUGUGAGUGAGGGAGAAAUUGCUGUCAAGGAGGCUAUGUUGUCCAGCUACUCCCUCUCCACCAGGAAAGCCAUGAGCUUGGAUGUGCAUGUGCCCAGCCUGAGGCGGAGGCCCAUAGGAUCACCAGCUGCUGGAGACUCUGAGAGUAGCCUGUGUGUGGAGUAUGAGCAGAAGACAUUUUCUGCCCAGCAGAGACCCAUGGGGCUGCUAGCUGCCUUAGAAUACAACGAGCAGAAGGCUGGGGCAUCUGAGGAGCAGGCUCUCGGCUCCUCCACCACCCCAUCUCUCCAGUGCGAGAAGAGGCUGUCUGUUGAGCAAAAACGAGGAAGGAAGAAAGUCAGGCUGGCCAACCAUCCGGAGGAACCAAUGGCUGACACACAGGCAGGCAGAGCCAAGAUGUUCAUGGUGGCUGUGAAGCAAGCACUAAGCCAAGCUAACUUUGACACCUUUACCCAGACCCUGCAGCACUAUAAGAGUUCUGAUGACUUUGAAGCCCUAGUGGCCUCUCUUACCUGCCUCUUUGCUGAAGACCCCAAGAAACACACCCUGCUUAAAGGUUUCUACCAGUUUGUUCGACCCCACCACAAGCAGCAGUUUGAGGACAUCUGCUUCCAGCUAACAGGCCAACGAUGUGGUUACCAGCCAGACAGGCAGCUGGAUCCUGGAGAGCACCUGAACCAGGGGCAGCCUCACCUGUCUGCCCAUCUAACCUCCAAAGGAGACACCAGCCAUUGUCCAAAAGUGGGAUGUGCAGUAGAAAAACCUGGCCAGCCUGCUGUGCGUGACUACCUAUCUGAUGUCCACAAGGCUCUGGGAUCUGCAAGCUGCAACCAGCUUACGGCAGCUCUGAGGGCAUACAAACAGGAUGAUGACCUGGACAAGGUGGUGGCUGUGGUGGCAGCACUGACCACUGCAAAACCUGAACACUUACCCUUGCUACAGAGAUUUGGCAUGUUUGUGCGUCGGCAUCAUAAGCCUCAGUUCCUACAGACCUGUGCAGACCUAAUGGGCCUGCCUACCACAGGCAAGGACUUGGAGCUCCCAGGUCCCAGGGAUAAGAGUGCAACUGUGCCUCCUGAGCUUACCCAUGAGGACCUGAAACCAGGGCCCUCGAUGUUCAAGAAACCUGAGAAGACCCAGAGUAAGAUCUCAUCCUUCUUUAGACAGAGGCCAGACGAGAGUGUGAGGUCUGAUGAUACCACCCCAAAGCCCAUGCAACUUCCUCCUAGACUACCCCAUGAGCUUAUGAAGCCUCAGUGGAAAUUUGUAUGCCCGGCCUGUGCGACCGAAGAUACGGUGCUUUUCCAGUGCCCGUCCUGUGACUUCUACCGCUGUUGGGCCUGUUGGAAACUUCAACUCCAGGCCUCUAGACUGUGUCCGGCUUGUGGUGCUGUUAACAGGAAGCAGAGCAUUACACAGAUCAUCUGGCCGAAGUCCCAGUGAAGACAGAUGGAGCCCUUUGCUUGCCCUGAUGUGGCUAAACCCACUGCAGGUCUCAUGCUUGGCUGUCCAAUGAGAUCUGAAUCUACUUGUGAAGUUCUGAAACCUCAAAUAACCUAUAUUGGCAUUGCACAUGUAUCACUGAAUCAUUGAACAUGUAUCACACGUAUCACUGUGUAGGCUGUCCAAUAAAACUAAG